GAGGGGCCCUGGCGGACGCCGAGGUGGCUGCCGCAGCAAAGGCGCUCCCCGACCUGGAGCCGCCUGAGGGCCGCGCCUGGUUCGUCGCCUCCCCUGGGCCGAUGCCGUUCGGUAGCGUGGUGGCCUUCUCGGGGGGAAGCGUCCGCCUCGAUGCUGGGCGCGCGACCUUCCGCGAGGGCGACAGCUGGCAGAUCGCGGAGGCGGUGCGCAGCGAGAGGGUGGACGCCUACCGAGCCGAACGCCCCGGGGAGCUGGUCAGUAUGCUGGGGGGCGUCCUGGGCGGGCGCCGCCACGCGUUGGCGGCAGCUGGCGAGGAGGCAGCCGCGACUCGUGUUGCUGGCGGGGCUCCCGACCUGGAGGCGGCUGGCGAGAGGGACCUGCGCGAGCGGUUUGGCGCGCCGCCGCCCGAGGUGCGCCGCUGCACGUUCAAGGACUGGCCGCUCGAAGGUGGCAUCUCGACGGUGGAGCGCAUGAUUAAGAAGUGGGAGCAGAGCGGCGGCUCUUUUCUGCUGUGGCUGGACCUCUGGCCCCGUGACAGGCUGGUGAACAGCGUAGAUCGGACGUGCGUCGAGAUGAAGUGCCCGCUGAUGGCAAUCUCCCACGCGGGGAGCUACGACCAGCCCCACUUGGCCAGCAUGGCCAGCGUGGAGGUUCUUUGUCGCAGAGUGUCGCAGAUCGUGGAUGCCUACUCGGACGAUCCCACCAACCCCCCGAAGUGGGGCGGUCUGCGGCGCUACAUGGGCGUGGCGGGCCCGAUGGAUGUGAUCGACCCAGCUCUGCGCGCCGCGGUGUUCCGGAGCCUCAAGGGGGAUGUGGGGCUGGAUAUGGAAGAGCCGCGCA